AUGAACGUCCCCAAGUUCAACGAGCGCGAAAAGGCUCUCGAGAACGACUAUAUCCGCAAGAAAGAGGCGGAGAAGUUCAAGAGCAGCGUCCCAAAGCCAGGUACAACCUCCACGGGGCCGCAGGGAAGUGCUGGGGGACAACAGACAAAUUCGGGCAACCAGAAAUGA